AUGAGUCUGAGUCGUACCAAGCGGAUCAGCUCCAGUAACUCGGUCCGGAGCAGCAGUGGGUCCAGGAGGCUGAGCGGCUUCGGUCCCGGUCAGGGGGCCUUCGGAGGCGUCUCCCUGAGCAGCAGCUCUCUGUACGCCAGCACCAACGGGCUUCACCACCCGCUGGCCUCCCUGUCCGUCAAUAAGAGCCUGCUGGCCCCCCUCAACCUGGAGAUCGACCCCAGCCUGUCCAUGAGCCGAGCCCACGAGAAGGAGCAGAUCAAGAGCCUCAACAACCGCUUUGCCACCUUCAUAGACAAGGUCCGAUUCCUGGAGCAGCAGAACAAGAUGCUGGAGACCAAGCUGGACCUGCUGCAGGGUCAGGGCCCGGGCCGGUCCAACGUGGAGCCCCUGUUCGAGGCCUACAUGGCGGGUCUGCGGCGCCAGAUGGACCUGGUCAACAACGACAAGACGAAGCUGGACGGGGAGCUGAGGAACAUGCAGGGUCUGGUGGAGGACUACAAACACAAGUAUGAGGACGAGAUCAACAAGAGGAACAACCUGGAGAACGACUUUGUGAUCCUGAAGAAGGACGUGGACUCGGCCUACCUGGUGAAGGCCGACCUGGAGGACAAAGUCGGAGCUCUGACUGAUGAAAUCAACUUCCUGCGUAACGUCUACGAGGAGGAGCUGCGUGAGCUGCAGGCCAGCAUCAAGGACACGUCGGUGGUUGUGCAGAUGGACAACAGUCGCAGCCUGAACAUGGAGACGAUCGUCGCCGAGGUCAAAGCUCAGUACGAGGAGAUAGCAGCCCGGAGCCGAGAGGAGGCCGAAGCCUGGUACAAGAGCAAAUUUGACCAGAUGGCGGUUCAGGCGAGUCAGUACGGAGACGAGCUCCGCGUGGUGAAGGGAGAGGUCGCCGAGGUCAACCGCCUCAUCAGCCGCCUGCAGAGCGAGAUAGAGGCUGUGAAAGCACAGCGUGGCGGUCUGGAGAACCAGCUGGCUGAGGCCGAGGAGCGUGGAGAGCUGGCUGUGAAAGAGGCCAAAGCCCGGACCAGAGACCUGGAGGACGCUCUGCAGAGGGCCAAACAAGACAUGGCCAGACAGCUCCGAGAGUACCAGGACCUGAUGAACCUGAAACUGGCUCUGGACAUCGAGAUCGCCACCUACAGGAAGCUGCUGGAGGGAGAGGAGGACAGACUCGGACAGCAGUCCAUCUUCAACAUCCAGACCAUCUCCAACUACAGUACUAAAAGUACCAAUGGUUACCACAGCAACAGCAGCUCUCCUGCUCCAAAGCUGCUGAUAAAGACGACUGAGACCAGAGACAGCUCCAGAUACAGCUCUCACUGA